AUGUGUGGUUUGAGGUUAACUCGGCUUCAUCAUCAGCUUACUUUCAUCUGUAACACUGUUGUUACGGAAUGUGAUGACUUUUCUGGACCUACAUUUGGUUUUGAGUUUGUUGACUAUCAAACUCUUAUCUCAUUGCUCCAUCCUCAAAACAUUGCUAUCGAUAUAAUUGGAUGGGUAGUUGCUUUUGGUGGCAUGUUGCGAGAUGAUUCUGAUAUGAAAAAACACAGACUCACCAUCCAAAUCCAAGAUGCAAAUGGUUUACAGAUUCGUGUCAACUUAUGGGGGGAUUAUGCUUACAAGAUGCAAAAUUUUAUUGAUAACAAUCCACACGGUCUUCGUAUCACUGUCAACCUUCAAUUUGCAAUUGUUAAACUUUGGAGAGAUCAUCCGACACUUAACAUCUAUUUAUCUGUGACAAAGAUGUUCAUUAACUCUGACAUUAAUGAAAUCAAUGUUUACAAGAAAAGUUUUGAUGGAGAUAACACCCCGAUUCCUCUAAGAAUACAAAUACAUCUAUUCCGUUUAAUCAAUUUUGCAAGCCUGAUGAUUUCAUACACAAGUUUCAGUUCAAGAGUAAUGCAAAUGUUUUGGAAAGGGGUAAAUAAUUUGUGA